AAUCCAACCGACCCACCCCAACCAUCUCGUCGUCGGCCGCUGAAAAACACCUUAGCUUUCAUCGGCCUUCAGAUUCGUUCGACUGUGACUCCAGAUCCAUUGUACCGAGACGUCGACGAGUGAUGAGAGAAGCCAUAUACGGAAUGGGCCUUUAUCUUUGGACGACGACGCAUACAUGGAGAAAGAGACGGCAGCGGCGAUGCACCAUCGACGCACCUUCUUCUGUACUUGCCACUUGCCUCCUCCAUCGCCAUCGUCGCCGCCUACCAUCUCUCGGUAUCCGUAUCUCUGUGACUCUGUCGCUGCUUGCCUUCAUCGCAGGACGCUUUGGCUGCCUCAACGGUAUGUUGUCCAUCGCCCCACUGUAUGCAAUGACGGUUUGUGUACAAAGAGGAGAGAGGGGAGAGAGGGGGGAGUGGGGGGAGGCCGUGAGUGUGAGUGAUGUUGGGAGGGAAGUUUUUAUAUGGGUUAAUUGCAUGAUGAUUAGUUAUUGAGAUUACCAAAAAACGUUUAUGUUUGGUCAAUCAAAAUACUUAAAUCCAUUCAUAAUCAUUAGAUUUGGUAAAAACCAAUUCAAGUUUGGUCACUCUCCGUCCAACUCCAUUAACUUUGUCUAAUGUGGCAGUCAACUCUCAAAGUUGAUCGUUAAAUGUUUGACGUGACAAUUAAAGAAAAAUCAAAAUUUCCACCUCAUUAUCACUACCACUAAAAUGAAAAAUAAAAAUAAUUAAUUUAGGACUUUGCUAUGGUGACAUGCACUUUUCGGUCGACCUCAUAUAGGAUUAGGUCGACCUAAUAUGCUGUUUUAGUGCAAAAACAGUUUCAUGGUGCCUACUUUGGAGAUUCAUAUCUUACAAUUGGCUAGAUGGAAAUUGGAGAUCAAUGACUUGUUUCGAAGCUGAAGUGUCCCUCUACACAUUAAAGUACUUGGGAGCUCAAUAAAAAGUCCAGAACACCAUUUUUGGACCUGAUCAAAACGCUAUGCCAAAACUUGGUAACUGCCUGAAAAUGCCAAAGUCUGGGAACGUGUUUGUUAAGCAUACUUUGGAACUCAAUUCGAGAAGCAUGAAUGCGAAUCGAGUCCAGGGGCCUCUACCACGUUAAAUUAUGUAUGUUUUUAUACAAAUUCAAGGCAUUGGAUGAAAGAUUAAAUAUUUGUAAGACUUCAAACAAAAGGAUCGAAGUUACUUCGAAUAUUGUUUUUCUAGCAGUUUGCUUGUGCUCGAAGUCUGUCAGAAAAACUGUCUUCGUAGCAACUAAACUCAUCAGUUGCCGUGAUUAAGAUCUCCACACUUGGAUUUAAGUUAAUCUUCAAAAUGAGUUUAAUUGUUGGAUCAAAGUUUGCGAUUGAAAAAAAUCGAGGAAAAUGACCGUUUUGCCCUUUUCUUAUAUACUGACGGUACAUGUGGCACCGGCUGAGUGGUGGAGAUGCAGGGAACCAAAGAAUCCAAUUGGAAGGCGGAAGGGGCUGCUUCUGGAGCUUUCUUUAGCGGCCUGCCUUUUUUCCUCCCUCCCUCCCUCUAUAUAUACACAAACUGCGGAGGUUGCCUGCUUUGAGAGAAGCUUCGAGAGGUAUCGGGAGAUAGCUUGAGAGCGAGGAAGAGGGAAGAAUGUCGUACCUGCUGCCGCACCUGCAUUCAGGAUGGGCGGUGGAUCAGGCCAUUCUCACGGAAGAAGAGCGCGUCGUCAUCAUCCGCUUCGGCCACGACUGGGACGACACCUGCAUGCAGGUAACAAUUCAUAUUACAACACUCACAUUUGAUUCGAUUUCAUUUCCAUCUCCAAUUUCUGCAUUCGUAUGGCGAUAUUGCAGGCAGCUAGCAGCUUUGGGCAAUCGUUUCUAUUGAAUCAAUUUUGCUAUUGAAUCAUAUGUUCCGGGGUUGGCCCCAAUGGGCCGGGCCUCGUUUCUUGUUGGUUUAUAUCCGGCCCGCUCGGUGCGUAACGCACAAGCUAUCUUUCCACCUUUACUUUAGAGUUAGCCACUCGGCUCGGCUCGGCUAUCUGACUACGACGAAACAACACAAUAUCCAACGACUGAGUCUUUCCUUGUGAAUUUAGGGAUUGCAAUUUCCGGAAGAUCAACUUACUGGAGAGGAGAGGAGAGGAGGACUGAGUAGGCCAAAGCUGCGGGGAUGUCGUACUUGCUGCCGCACUUACACUCAGGGUGGGCCGUCGAUCAGGCCAUCCUCGCCGAGGAAGAGCGUCUCGUGGUCAUCCGAUUCGGCCACGAUUGGGAUGAGACCUGCAUGCAGAUGGAUGAAGUGUUGUCCUCUGUCGCUGAUACGUUGAAGAACUUUGCGGUGAUAUACCUGGUGGACAUCACUGAGGUGCCUGAUUUCAACACAAUGUACGAGCUGUACGAUCCAUCCACAGUUAUGUUCUUCUUCAGGAACAAGCACAUCAUGAUCGAUCUUGGCACUGGAAACAACAACAAGAUCAACUGGGCUCUCAAGGACAAGCAGGAGUUUGUCGACAUUGUGGAGACGGUGUAUCGUGGAGCGAGGAAGGGACGUGGUCUCGUCAUUGCACCUAAGGACUACUCCACCAAGUACCGGUACUAGAAGAGUUCUUCAGAAGGAACUGUGGAAUGUUAUCUGGACCAGGUGAUACUGGAUGAUUCCUCAAAUGCUGUUACACAGCACUGCCAAAUAUUGCUACUGAUGUAUUGUCGCAUGUAAGAAUUUGAACCAAGAUGGAAUGGUGUAAGGAUGUCAUUUCAUUCUUAUGUUGGCUACCUUUUUCAUCCUCCUAGUUGGAAUGGUGGAACCAUAUCAUUAAGAACAAGAUGA